AUGCUGCGCCACUCGUCGUCGCUCCUUCGCCGGACGCUGAGCUCGUCGACGCACCGCCCGAAGAUCGCCGAGAGCAUCACGGACCUCAUUGGCAACACGCCGCUGCUCUACCUGAACAAGGUGACCAAGGGCUGCCAUGCGCGCAUCGCCGUCAAGUGCGAGUUCAUGGAGCCGGCGAGCAGCGUCAAGGAUCGCAUCGGCCUGAGCAUGAUCAAGGUCGCCGAAGAAGAAGGCAAGCUCAACAAGGACUCGAUCAUCGUCGAGCCCACGAGCGGCAACACGGGCAUUGGUCUCGCCAUGGCCUGCGCCGCCCGCGGCUACAAGCUCAAAAUUGUCAUGCCCGACUCCAUGUCGAUGGAGCGCCGCAUCUUGCUCAAGGCGUACGGCGCCGACCUCGUGCUGACCCCGGGCGCCCGGGGCAUGACGGGUGCGUGCCUCAAGGCCGAAGAGAUUGUGCGCGAGACGCCGAACGCGAUUCUUCUCCAGCAGUUUAAGAACGCGGCCAACCCCAAGAUCCACUUUGAGACGACGGGCCCCGAGAUCUGGCGCGACACGGACGGCAAGAUCGACAUCUUUGUCGCUGGCGUCGGCACCGGCGGCACUAUCACGGGCACGGCCAAGUACAUCAAGCCCAAGAAGCCGGACGUCAAGAUCGUGGCGGUCGAGCCCGAGGAAAGUCCCGUCCUCUCGGGCGGCGCGCCGGCGCCCCACAAGAUCCAGGGCAUCGGCGCUGGCUUCGUGCCCGACAUCCUCGACCGGUCGCUCAUCGAUGAAGUGAUCACGGCCAACGCGCCCGAAUCGAUGGCCAUGGCCAAGCGGUUGGCGGUCGAAGAAGGCAUCCUCGUCGGCCCUUCGUCGGGCGCGGCCAUCAUUGCCAGCUUGAAGCUCGCCAAGCGCCCCGAGAACGCCGGGAAGCUCAUCGUUGCGAUCCUCCCGAGCUUUGGCGAGCGCUACUUGAGUUCGGCGCUGUUUGAGGAAGAGCGGGAAAGCGCUGCGAACCUCCCGACAACGCCUGUCGACUAAACGUUGUCA